UGUGGAUAAUCUCAUCGAGCUGUUCUUCUGAAUACAUCGAUAUGAAGGCGCUAACGGGGCUGCUGCUGUUGGUCUUUGGUCACGGUGUGUCCUCAGGUCUUCACCCAGCGCCACUUCACAGCUAGCUGCUGCUGCUGCUGUAGCGGCGUGUUCAACGCUUUGGACGUUGUUGUUCCUGUCUGUAUCCCCAACAGUAGCCAUAAGAAAGUGUGUCAUCUUUGGCAGCGUUGCCAAAUACUUUCCGGCGUCUUUUUUCAUUUUUCUUUUAUUUGAGCCGCUUGGUGCUUCACUCUCUGCAGUAUUUCCUCACGGGGUCGUCUGGACUCACAACCUUCCCAGAGUUUGUUGCUGUUGGGAUGAUGGAUGGAGUUCAGAUUGGGUACUAUGACAGCAACACCCAGGGAAUAGUGCUGAAACAGGCCUGGACGGAACAGUUAAUCAGAGAUCAUCCAGGUGAACUGAAGAUGAUAACUGAAAGGGCUCUGGAUAACCAGCAGGGCAUCAAGGCCGACAUUUUGUAUCUGAAGAAGCUCUUUAACCAGACAGGAGGUAUCCACAUAUAUCAGAGGAUGGAUGGCUGUGAGUGGGAUGAUGAGGAUGGUACUACUGAUGGUAAUCUCCAGUAUGGUUAUGAUGGAGAGGACUACAUGUCGUUUGACCUGAAGACCCUGACCUGGGUCGCUGCAGUACCUCAGGCUGUCCGCACCACACAGAGAUUGAAUCAGGAUGAAGAUGGAUUACAAUACCAGAAGUACUUCUACACCAAGCAGUGUGUUGAUUGGCUGAAGAAGUACCUGUCCUAUGGGAAGAGCACUCUGCAGAGAUCAGAGCGUCCGCGGGUGUCUCUGCUCCAGAGGAGCCCCUCCUCCCCAGUGGUGUGCCAUGCUACAGGCUUCUACCCUGACAGGGUGGUGGUGUUCUGGAGGAGAGACGGCCAGGAGCUCUAUGAGCAGGUGGACCCCGGGGAGGUCCUCCCCAACCACGACGGGACCUUCCAGGUCAGCGUGGACCUCAACCUCACGGCCGUCCCACAGGAGGACUGGGGGAGGUACGAGUGUGUGGUCCAGCUGAAAGGCAUCGAGGACAUCUCCACCCCCCUGGACCCCGCCCUCAUCAGGACCAACUGGGUGUACAAGAGUGGCCUCACCAUCCCCAUCAUCAUUGGGUUGCUUGUUCUCCUCCUCACUGCUGCUGCUGCUGUUGGAGUCUUUGUGUACCAGAAGAGGAACGAUUCAAACAAGCGACACAAACCUGUUGGUUCUGACACCAGCUCUGAGAACACUGAGGGGCAGAAUCCGGCUCCUGAGGCCCAACCUCUGACCACAGUUUGUAGUUAAAUCAUGAAGAGGCUUCUCACGUUCAGCUUCCUAAACCAGGAUGGAGUGGAUCGCAGUUCAUUUAUAAUCCUUACAAACAGGCUUGGGGCUUCAGCUAACUAAAGAUGAUAUAUUUGCUUAAUAACAAUAACAUUCAUACUUAACUUUAUCUUGAUAACAACCAUUUAACCGUAAAAAUUGUAUAUCAAUUAGAUCGAGCUAGACUGCUCUAGCAUGAAUCGUUUUUUUUUGUAUUUUUACCAAAAAAUUGAAAUUGGAUUAAAUAUUAAGGUUUUUUUUUAUCAUCCAAAUGUAAAAAUCGCUGUACUCUUGUUUGGGGUUAUUUGGUCAAUAUAAUCCCCCAAAAAAAUCAGAAAAUAUUCUCAAUAUACGCUGUUUAUAGGUUAGGUCCUUUCAUUUAGUGAAGUUAUUGGGCUUCGUGUGACCAGAGUUCAUAUCUUUGAUGAUCUUCCUCCACUAGCGUCCUGAUAUCAGAUGUCUUGACAAAACACACACACACACACACACACACACACACACACACACACACACACACACACACACACACACACACACACACACACACACACACACACACA